GCCAUGAGCUCACUGCAAGGCACAGUGCUCGCUGAAGGCAAAACCUCAGCACAAUCCUGCGGAAUCCUGCACAGCUCCCCAGCACUGGUGCCCAACUGGUGCUUCCACCCAAAACCAGUGCCCACCCUUCCAAUCGCUGCCUGCUGCAAGACAAAAUGAGAACCCCCCCCCAAGGCCACUCCCCAGGAUCAUUUUGCUCCUCGCUUUCUAGAGGAAGCUGGGAGCUGUGCCUCAGUUCUCCUUAUCCUGACACCUGCAGGGUGCACGGAGCAGGUUCUGCCCUUUGAAUUGUCUCUUUGGGAAAACGAUUUGUGAGGCCGUUUGCCAUUUGCCCAAGCAGAUGCUGAGCACUGACACAGAACACCUGUGAAAGCUGAAGGUCUUCAUUGUUCACCUCUUGGCUCUUUACCUGCCUUUCACAGUCUGCCUUGCUGGGUUCAAGAGAGAGUGCAGUUCUGUGGGUCUAAGAGCCACCCAGGAGCUGUCAGCACUGCCCCAGUGGUGACAUUACACAGCACGAGCACAAAAACCAGCAGCGUGGCCAGCCCUGUUCUGCCUGGUAUCUGUAUGAACCUGCAUCACAGCGGUCACCACUGACCGACAAACCCUCGUGGCACCAGGGAGGAAGGGAAACUUGGGCUCAGUUUUAGAUGUGAAGUGGAAGAGAGAAAGCUGAGAGGUCUACGCAGGGCUGUCCCAGCCCCACCAGCAGUCAGAACAACGCGCCCACGGCUCCAUUGAGCAGCAGCUUCCCAGAGCGGCCUCACAAAAUACCCUGGGCGUUGACGGGACAAGAAGGGUGCAGAGGGUCAGCCCAAAGUCCAGCACAACGCCCUCAAUUAGGUUAAUGUUUGCUGAACUGCAAGAAGCACAGAGGGAAUAGGCACCAGCAGACCUGCGCAGGGCAGGGAUCAGCUCAGAGCAGCCAUCGCUCUCCCCAGCGACGCGUCUGCUCCCACCCGAGCGCCGGCAGAGGGAUGGGGCUGCUCCUGAAGGUUCUCAUCCCUUUGCUGGGCCUGGGGCUGGCCGUGUAUUUUUACUCAGGACCUGGGAAUUUCAAUGAAGAGAUGCUCCGGGGGAAGCGAGUGAUCGUGACGGGAGCCAGCAGUGGCAUUGGGGAGCAGAUGGCGUAUCACCUGGCGCGCAUGGGGGCCCACGUGCUGCUCACGGCGCGGACGGAGGCCAAGCUGCAGAAGGUAGUGGAGCACUGCCUGGAUCUGGGUGCUGCAUCCGCCCGCUACGUGAGCGGCUCCAUGGAGAACACGGCCUUCGCUGAGGAGGUGGUGAAAGAGGCUGAGAACACCUGGGGAGGCCUUGACAUGCUCAUCCUGAACCACAUCGGCCACAGCUUUUUUGACUUCUUCAACGGGGACGUGGAUCACGUGCGGAAGCUCAUGGAGACCAACUUCCUCAGCUAUGUGGCCAUGACCGUGUCAGCCCUGCCCAUGCUGAAGGAGAGCGAGGGCAGCAUCGUGGUGGUCUCAUCCAUUUCAGGUAAAGUCUCCUCCCCCUUCGCUGCUCCCUACUCUGCGACUAAGUUUGCCUUGGAAGGAUUUUUCAGCUCCUUGAGGCAGGAAUUCAUCAUCGAAAACGUCAACGUUUCCAUCACGCUCUGCAUCCUGGGCUAUAUUAACACAGAGAACGCGGUGCGGACGGUCUCGCACGUCAUUAAGGAAGCACCAGCGCCCAAGGAGGAGUGCGCGCUGGAGAUCAUCCGGAGCGGGGCCCUGCGUCAGCGCGAGCUGCACUACCCUGCCAGCACCGUGACCACGAUGCUGCUGCUGCGGGACCUGGCCCCCGAGCUGCUGGACAGCCUCAUCAGGAGCAACAUGCGGGUGGAAAACAUCAAGAGGCCACCACCGCCCCAGGGCUCGGGGCAUUAGCGCAGCUCUGAGCGGCCAACACUUUCCCAUGGGCAGCGGUGCCUCCAGAAAAGCCCACCCCCGAGCAGCACUGAGGACAUUUCUGGAGGCAGCGUGGCCGGGAACACAGGGCCCCUCCAGAGCUGCCUGCACAACACGGGUCACCAGGAGCCUAUGACACAACACAGAAAUGUCUUUUAUUUAUGCUGCCUGUCACUGGCUCCUCGUGGUCAAGAGGAGCAAGCAGCGGGGCUCCCCAGAAGGGCUCUGAAAGGCCAGAAAUAGGAGCAGGCUGGGGAUGCAGGGAAGCAGCACCUGGACCCCAGCUGCUCCAUGCGCUUCUCUGCAUCUCACCACAUCCCUCUCAAAGGAGGGGUUAGUCAAAAAGUUAUCGGUAUGGAAGGCACCGGACCCGUGGAGAACAGCCUGGUGCUUCUGAAGGAAAGAUGGUGGGAUUCGGAGCGGCACCACGUGAAGAUCCGCAGUGACCCAGUCGCAAUUAAAUAUUUAAAAAAAUAACAAUAAAAUUAUUUAGAUGGGGACUCGCGCAAGAGGAUUAUAAAGCAGAACUGCACGGGUUGAGCUCCGAGCUCCUUCUGGGCAGGGAUUCCGGCCAACUCCCACGAACCACCCGACAUAGGCAAACAGAGGGUCGUCAAACUGCAGCGGUUUUACCCCGUACCCUUACUUUGGAGCAAUAAAUCCUACAUUACUUUGUGACAUCUCUGGUUUGAAUGUUGUUCCUCUUCCACUGGAGUACGUGCAGAGCCCCUCUCAGCGCGCAGCUGCUUAAACCCACCCCACUGCAUGAUUUGCAUGAAUGCAGCUUUCACUUCUCUAAGACCUUAAUGAAUUUCUGCCGUUCGUGACCUCACCCGAAAUACACGUUUUUUUCCCCCUUUUCAAUCUGCGAGAAGCCUUACAAUAACAGCAUUCCUCCACUUGCCUCAGUCUGGAUUUCCCUACCCCCAAAGCAACCCGGAGCGAUUCGGUCACCCGGUGCCGCCAGGACCAGCGCUCUGAUAAGGGAGGUGACCACGGGGACGGGCAGCGGGAGCCGCUGGCACCCCGAGAUAACCCCGCACCCCGCGCUGCGCGAGCAGGACAGGAACCGGGGCUCGGGCUGCGGCCCCAACGCUUCCUGUUCGACAGAACGGAGCACAGCGAGGCGGCAGCAGCACGAAGCCGCGGGCACACGGAGGACAGAGCUUGUGCCCUGCAGCCCCGCGCUCACCCAGCCGCAGCGGGGCACAGCCAG